UGAAAUCCAACUUUUCAAAAUCCGAACAAGAUGGCAGACGAAGAUUGUGAUGCUCCUAAACAGAUAGAGCUUGACGACCUGACUGUUACAGUGGACUUUCAUCCGUCUAAAGACAUCAUCGCUGUUGGCUGUAUUGAUGGGGAAGUUUCAAUUCAUUCCUAUUCAACAAAAGAGUCUAACAAGUUACUGAGGACUUUGUGUCACCACAAGAAGGCUUGCCGAAGCAUCAAGUUCUCGCCAAGCGGUGACCGUCUGCACACAGUGUCAAAGGACAAGUCGUUAUGGAGCAUUGACACGGAAACUGGCAAAGUCAAGAAAAAGAUCAAGAAAGCUCACGAAGCGUCGAUCUACAGUUUAGUUGCUACUGAUGAGAACUUCAUUGCCACUGGAGAUGAUGAUGGAACAAUCAAGGUUUGGGACAUGAGGACGAAGACAUGCACGUACGAGGUGAAGGAGAAUGAUGAUUUUAUCAGUGACAUGAUCAUAGACGAGCAGAGGAAGAUUCUCCUGGUCACCAGUGGUGAUGGUACAUUGUCGGCUUUCAACAUCCGUAGGAAGAGGAUGGAUCUGCAAUCAGAACUGUUUGAUUCCGAGUUUCUUAGUUUGGCAGCAAUGAAGGGGGAGAAGAAGGUGGUGUGUGGUACUGGGGAGGGGGUCCUGAACGUCUUCAACUGGGGGGAGUGGGGCAACAUCAGUGACCGCUUCCCGGGACAUCCAAUGUCCGUAGACUGUAUGGUGCCCAUCACCCGCGAUGUUGUGUGUACUGGUUCUAUAGAUGGCAUUAUCAGGGCUGUGAACAUUCUGCCAAAUCGUUUUGUGGGUGUUGUUGGGGAGCAUGAGAAUUUCCCCGUGGAAGGGCUGUGUCUGUCCCAUGACAAGACCCUGCUGGCCAGCUGCUCCCAUGACCAGAAGGUUAAGUUCUGGAACAUUGAAGGACUUGAAAACAUCAAGUUUAACGAGAGGAAGAAAGCAAAGAAAGCCAACAAGAAUAAACGCUUGAAUUCAUCAAAACAGGACAAUUUUUUCUCUGGUUUGGUUGAUGAUGAUGAUAAAAAAGACAAUGUUGGUGAUAGUGACAGUGAUGACGAUGACAGCGAGGAUGAGGAAGAGGAUAGUGAUUGAUUAAAAUGAUGUUCUUUUGUAA